AUGGAGUUUGAGGUGAGAGUAGUAGGGGGAAUAGAGAGUUGUUAUGUAUCUCUCCCACUCUCACUCAUCCAAGCCCUACAGUCCAGUUAUCUUCCUCCAAUUCUCGCAGUUGAACUUCGCUCCGGUGCUAACCUCUGGCAUGUGGCGUGGUCUGGUUCCCUUUCCUCUUCAUCUCCUUCCUCAAUUGAGAUUGCUAAGCAGUAUGCGGAGUGUAUUGGAUUGAGCGACCGGACGGUGGUUAAAGUACGAAUUGUUAGUAAUUUACUGAAAGCUACGCUUGUGACGGUUGAGCCUCUCACGGAGGAUGAUUGGGAGAUUCUCGAGCUCAAUUCCGAGCUUGCUGAAGAAGCUAUUCUGAAGCAGGUCGGGAUUGUCCAUGAAGAAAUGAAAUUUCCUCUGUGGUUGCAUGGACAAACAAUUGUUAAUUUUCUUGUUGUCUCAACCUUCCCCAAGAAACCAGUAGUCCAACUUGUUCCUGGAACUGAAGUAGCAGUUGCCCCAAAGAGACGCAAAAGGAUAUUAGAUCCUCUUGAAGAUUCGUCCAUGCAAGCUUUAAAGAGAGAUCAUUCCAUCACAAAAGCACUACUGAGAGUCCAAAAUUCAGACUCUAGAUUUCAUCAUAACUAUAAGGUGGAUGGUAUCAAGAUGGAUGUCGUCUUCACUUCUGCUGUCUUUAUUCAUCCAGAAACAGCAAAAAAAUAUUCUUUCAGUUCUUCCCAGUUAAUGGUGAUAUCUCCAAGAUUUCUAACAAAAGAGAGCAAGAAAAAUCAUGAAACAGAAGGUCUACAUAUUAAAAGCAGUUCCACUGAAAAGGAAGUCAACGGUGGAAUUCUUGCUGAUAAGCACGAUAACCAUCGAGCUAUUGUUCGUCUAUUAUUCUCAGAGUCAGUGGCAAGAGGACACGUAAUGCUUGCCCAGUCUCUUCGACUUUAUCUGGGAGCUGGAUUACAUUCAUGGGUGGAUGUGAAGAGUUACAACAUUAACACGAAAAAAGACAUUCCUUCAGUUUCAGUUUCACCUUGCCAAUUGAAGUCAUUUCCAAAGAAGCAAGCUUUUGCAAAUAAUGGUGCAGAAUUUCGAAAUGGCCAAAGUAAUCAUAAAACAAAAGACGUUCUUCUCAGGACCAACACAAAUGCUGAAAUGGGUGCUGGAGGUUGGUCAACCCAUGAGAAGAUUUUUGCGUCUCUGUUUGCUGAAUCUUGUGGCAAUGGGACUGAAGAAAUUGAUACCAGGGCCAGAACUAAAAGGGCUGUAUCUACUCUUGUGCGUGCAUGGUGUCAAGCUCAAAUUGAUUCCAUAGUUUCGAGUACAGGGUUAGAUAUCAAUUCUUUGGUUAUUGGAAACAAAUCAUUAAUUCACUUGAAAGUGAAGGGUUACAGACUAGCCAAUCAUGGUAACGUACAAAAACCUAAUGGCCAUUUCCCAAAAACCAGGAAUCAAACUGAAGAACCAGAUGUUGAUGUCCUAUAUGUUUUGUCACUCUUUGACGAUUCUCUGCAUGGUGAAAGUCUUGAUGCAUACGAACUUGUAUUUGAUGAAAAAAGCAGGGACAAAAGUAGUUCGAGAAAUUUAGAUGUUUUGCUUGAAAAGCUGCAAUUGGGUGAUGCUGUAUCUAUUCGUGCUGUCCAAGAAACGCCCUCUGAUAGAACUCUUGGCAUGACAGUUUCCUCGUUAGAUUGGAUGGGUUCAGCUGCAUCUGAUGUCAAUAAUAGGUUGACUGCUUUGUUAUCUCCUACUUCUGGGAUGCUGUUCAGUACUUACAAUCUUCCAAGGCCGGGGCAUAUUCUUAUUUACGGACCCCCAGGUUCAGGAAAAACGUUAUUGGCCAGAGUCUCUGCGACGUCUGUUGAAGGACAUGAAGACAUCUUGGCACACAUAGUUUUUGUAUCUUGUUCCAGACUUGCUUUAGAGAAGCCUCCAAGCAUUCGUCAGGCACUUUCCAGCUACAUAUCUGAAGCUUUAGAUCAUUCGCCCUCUGUCAUCAUCUUAGAUGAUCUUGAUAGCAUUGUUGCCUCUUCCUUGGAGCUGGAAGGAUCUCAACCUUCAUCCUCUUCAGCUGCACUCAUAGAAUUUCUUAACGAUAUAUUAGAUGAAUAUGAGGAAAAAAGCAGGACUGCUUGUGGAAUUGGCUCCAUUGCUUUCAUUGCUUGUGCGCAGUCCCUGACUAAUAUUCCACAGAGCUUGAGCUCUUCUGGGAGGUUUGAUUUUCAUGUUAAGCUGCCUGCUCCAGGUGCCUCAGAACGUUCUGCUUUAUUGAAGCAUGAGAUCCAGAAGCGAUCCUUGCAAUGUUCCGAUGAUGUGUUGUUAGAUAUUGCAUCCAAAUGUGAUGGAUAUGAUGCUUAUGAUCUGGAAAUACUGGUUGAUCGGUCAGUGCAUGCUGCCAUUGGUCGCUUUUUGUCGACUGAUUUGAGCUUUCCCAAACAUGAGAAACCUGCUUUGGUUAGGGAUGACUUUUUGCUAGCAAUGGAUGAUUUCCUUCCAAUUGCUAUGCGUGAUAUCACAAAACCGUCUAAAGACGGUGGUCGCUCUGGGUGGGAGGAUGUUGGAGGGCUUGAUGACAUCCAGAACUCUAUCAAAGAGAUAAUUGAGUUACCUUCAAAAUUUCCUAAUAUCUUUAAACAAUCUCCACUGAGGAUGCGGUCCAACGUUCUCUUAUAUGGUCCCCCUGGUUGUGGGAAAACACAUAUUGUCGGCACUGCUGCUGCAGCCUGUUCCCUACGUUUCAUCUCAGUGAAAGGCCCUGAACUGUUGAAUAAAUAUAUUGGUGCUUCUGAGCAAGCUGUUCGUGAUAUAUUCUUGAAAGCAGCUGCUGCAGCACCAUGCCUUCUCUUUUUUGAUGAAUUUGAUUCUAUUGCUCCAAAGAGAGGACAUGAUAAUACUGGUGUGACUGAUAGAGUAGUCAAUCAAUUUUUGACAGAACUAGAUGGUGUUGAAGUUCUGACUGGUGUAUUCGUUUUUGCUGCCACAAGUAGGCCGGAUCUGCUUGAUGCUGCACUUCUGCGACCUGGUCGGCUGGACCGCCUGUUAUUUUGUGAUUUUCCUUCGCAGCGUGAGAGGUUGGAUAUUCUUGCAGUUCUUUCAAGAAAGUUACCAUUGGCCGAUGAUGUUAACUUGGAUGCAAUAGCUCGCAUGACUGAAGGUUUUAGUGGAGCUGAUCUUCAAGCUCUUCUUUCUGAUGCUCAACUUGAAGCAGUUCACUAUUUUCUCGACAGCGAGAAUGGCAGCAAUCAAGGAAAGAUGCCCGUGAUCACUGAUGCUCUUCUGAAGUCUAUUGCAUCCAAUGCGAAACCAUCAGUUUCAGAAACCGAGAAGCGGAGACUAUAUGAUAUUUACAGCCAGUUUUUGGAUUCAAAAAGAUCUGCUGCUGCACAGUCGAGAGAUGCGAAAGGCAAAAGAGCAACCCUAGCUUAA